UUUCGGUUGUAUGAACUAAACAAGGAUUCAGAGCUUCUAAUUCAUGUAUUUCCCUGUGUACCAGAACGGCCUGGCAUGCCUUGUCCAGGAGAAGAUAAGAGCUCAUUGUGCCAUCUGCACUGACCGAAUAUGGGGCCUGGGUCGCCAGGGAUAUAAAUGCAUCAAUUGCAAACUCCUUGUUCACAAGAAGUGUCACAAACUUGUUAACGUUGAAUGUGGCCGUCACACACUGCAACCGGAACCCAUAAUGCCUAUGGAUCCAUCAUCAGUGCAUCCAGAUAAUGUAGAAUCAGUCAUCCCAUACAAUCCCUCAAGUCACGAGAGCUUGGACCAUGUUGGUGAAGAAAAAGAGGCAAUGAGCAUUAGAGAAAGUGGCAAAGCUUCUUCCAGUCUGGGUCUUCAGGAUUUUGAUUUACUCCGAGUUAUAGGAAGAGGCAGUUACGCGAAAGUACUGCUUGUUCGACUGAAGAAAACCGAACGCAUUUAUGCAAUGAAAGUGGUGAAGAAAGAGCUGGUCAAUGAUGAUGAGGAUAUUGAUUGGGUUCAGACAGAGAAACACGUCUUUGAACAGGCUUCAAAUCAUCCCUUUCUUGUUGGACUACACUCUUGCUUCCAGACAGAAAGCAGGUUAUUUUUUGUUAUAGAGUACGUAAACGGAGGAGAUCUGAUGUUUCAUAUGCAGAGGCAGAGAAAGCUGCCAGAGGAACAUGCCAGGUUUUAUUCUGCUGAAAUCAGUCUAGCAUUGAACUAUUUACAUGAACGAGGGAUAAUCUACAGAGAUUUAAAACUGGAUAAUGUGCUACUAGAUUCUGAAGGGCAUAUUAAACUCACGGAUUAUGGCAUGUGCAAGGAGGGACUGAGGCCUGGUGACACAACCAGCACGUUCUGUGGGACUCCAAACUAUAUUGCACCUGAAAUUCUCCGGGGAGAGGAUUAUGGCUUCAGCGUAGACUGGUGGGCACUCGGUGUGCUUAUGUUUGAAAUGAUGGCAGGGCGGUCACCGUUUGAUAUUGUUGGGAGUUCUGACAAUCCUGAUCAGAACACAGAAGAUUAUCUUUUCCAAGUAAUUUUGGAAAAACAGAUCCGAAUUCCCCGAUCCCUUUCUGUUAAAGCAGCAGGUGUUCUAAAGAGUUUCCUUAAUAAGGAUCCAAAGGAACGCUUGGGCUGCCAUCCUCAAACAGGAUUUGCAGAUAUCCAAGGACAUCCAUUCUUUCGCAAUGUUGAUUGGGAUCUGAUGGAGCAAAAGCAAGUGGUGCCUCCAUUUAAACCAAAUAUAUCAGGAGAAUUUGGUCUGGAUAAUUUUGAUUCUCAAUUCACCAAUGAACCUGUGCAGCUCACUCCAGAUGAUGAUGAUAUUGUGAAGAAAAUUGACCAAUCUGAAUUUGAAGGCUUUGAAUAUAUCAAUCCUCUUUUGAUGUCAGCUGAGGAAUGUGUCUGAAUUCUCCAUUUCUGGACUGUGCCAAUUGUUACUCUGUUUGUUUCUGCAUGGAUAAACAUCUCUUCAUUUGGAUGCACUUGUGUAAAACAAGGAACUGAACAUCUUCCCCUUGCCACCUGGUGUGAAUUACUCACUGAUUUUCUUUUUGUAU